UUCUGAUUGGCUGCGUCGCGCCCUCUUUCUCCUCCCCAGGAGGUGCAGAAAUAGCGUUGCCUGGGCUUCUCCCUGCCGCUCCUUCUAAACUGAAUCAGCUCCUUGAGCAAAGAUGUGGCUCUUCAUCACACUGAUAGCCUUGGUCCAAGGCCUUGUAACUUCAGAAGUAUUAAGAAGAAAUGCGGAUCCAGAAACGGCUAUGAAUAUUAGUGAAAUUAUUACCUUUAGAGGAUAUCCUAAUGAGGAAUACGAAGUGGUGACAGACGAUGGCUAUAUUCUCGUUAUCAACAGAAUCCCUCAUGGGAAAAGGAGUCCGCCAACCAAAGAUCCCAAGCCGGUCAUCUUUCUGCAGCAUGGUUUGCUCGCUGAUGGCAGCAACUGGGUGACAAACCUGGACUACAACAGCCUGGGGUUUAUGCUGGCUGAUGCUGGCUAUGAUGUUUGGCUAGGGAACAGCAGAGGAAACACUUGGUCCAGGAAACACGUAAACUACUCAGCGAGCGAACCAGAGUUCUGGAUGUUCAGUUAUGAUGAAAUGGCUAAAUAUGACCUUCCAGCUACAGUCAACUUUAUCCUGAAUAAAACUGGCCAGGAGCAAAUAUUUUAUGUUGGCCAUUCCCAGGGCACCACAAUGGCUUUCAUUGCAUUUUCAACAAUGCCACAGAUAGCCAAAAGGAUAAAAAUGUUCUUUGCACUGGCACCAGUCGCCACAGUGAAGUUUUCCUCCAGUCCUUUGGCCAAGCUUGGUAAGCUUCCGGAACUGCUGCUCAGAGAAAUAUUUGGAUCCAAGCAGUUUUUCCCCCAGAACUCAAUUCUGAAAUGGCUUUCAACCCACAUGUGUGACCGUAUCUUGCUGGAUGACCUUUGUGGCAACGUUUUCUUUCUACUGUGUGGGUUUAAUGAGAAAAACCUAAAUAUGACUCGAGUAGAUGUAUACUCAACACACUGUCCAGCUGGAACAUCUGUCCAGAAUAUGAUUCAUUGGAGUCAGGUUGUGAAGUCUGGGGAGCUCAAAGCUUUUGACUGGGGAAGCAGGGAAAAAAACAUGGCUCAUUAUAACCAGCCAACACCACCUCUCUACAAAGUGAAAGACAUGACUGUUCCUACAGCCAUUUGGACUGGUGGCCACGACUGGCUGGCAGACUCAAAGGACAUAGCCCUGUUGUUGACUCAGGUCCCAAACUUAGUAUACCACAAGAAUAUCCCCGAAUGGGAACAUCUGGAUUUCAUCUGGGGCCUUGACGCCCCUCAGCGCAUGUAUAAAGAGAUCAUUCAGUUGAUGGAGAAACAUAAGUGAGUUGGGAGAGUGUAGAGCUGUGUGGUUCUGAAAUAUUCCUUCAGGAAGCCAGCAUGGUCUAAUGCUUCUUCUUCUUUUUAAACUUAUACUUCUUGCACACCUACAGUGUUAUGCAUCUGUCUAUAUGCAAUCUAGCAAUACCUCAGGAUGUGGGAUUUUUGCACUGUUCUCAUGCCUAUAAACCCACAUAGUUUUAAUAGAAGGGCUUAAGAGUAACCCGGUCGAUCUUAUCUUCACACAACCACUAAUCUCACACAGUUAGGAGACUGCAAAGUAAAACUGACUGGCAGAAUUCUCUUCUGGGAAGACAGAGGUGGAGAGAAGGAAGAAUUUGUGUAAAGCCCUGCCAAUAUAGCUCUUGUCAAAACAAUGGCUAGUUGUGUUUUCCCCUUUGGUACUAUUUGAGUUUAAGACUAUUUGGCAUUUGGGAAAGUACGUUGAAGCACAUUCUUUGACUUCUCUGGACCUACUCAGGAAAGAGGACAUUUAGCAAGUGAUUCCAGUUCAAAUCAAGCCCACUCUCAUUUGUUGUAGAACUGGUAUGUCUUGCUACAUUUUCGAAAAUAUUGUUUUGUGUGUGAUUAGGUGUUAAUCCCAUAAAAUACAAGGAAUAUGUGUCCUUCCAGAUAUUGCUGGACUGUGGUUCCCAUUAUCCUAGCUACGAUGGCCAAGAGAAGAUUGAGAUGGGGAGGGACAUAGACUUAGGAUGUGUAACAUUGAACUGCAGAAGAACAAAUAUAUUGGUAAAUACAAAUAUGUAAUAUAUAACCAUGUAGACUCGGAGUAGGUCCCAUGGAGCCCUCCACCCAAUACAUCCGGAAUAAAAUUAGUUGUAAAAAAUGAAGCUUUUGGCCAAUGAACACGGUUUUAUACUUCCAAUCAAGCAAAGGUUUUCCAUAAAAAGGAGUGGAAGUGAUUGUAAUUUGACUUCUGGUGGGACUAAAUGGUAUAUGCAGCCCAUGAAAAAUCAGAAAGGAUCCAAAAUGGCAGUCUGAUCCGUCAACAAUGUUGGUGAGACAUCAAAGCCUGUGUUACUUUCCCAAUGUUUCUUAUAACUUCUAAAGGGGUGACUGCUGUUUCAAGAGCAACAACCUGAGUAAUUUGCAAGCUAAGAAGCUUUACUUUUAGCAAUUUUUACUUUGCACUGUUCAAGAUGUAUCUGUUUCUCAACUGGUGAACUGCACUGCAAGGCAAGAUUGGCUGGUGACUACCAAAGAUGUGGUGUUCUGUGCUCUUUGAUGUUCUGUUAUCUGCACUGCAAUUAAAUUUAACUACUGGAAAUAGGGAGCUGACCCUGUUAAAAUAUUUGAUAGCAAUCUCUGAAUAAAUGUUUUUUAUAAUG